AUGUUACGCAAGACCAAGCAGCAAAUAGCCCAUACGUCCAUCAUUCCGGUGCUGGGCAACAGAGACCUCAAGACACUGCAGAACGUCAUUGUAUCCGAGAAGACCUUCAUCAAGGAAAACGGCGAUGCUGCACAGGCUUGGCAUGCCAAUGGAGACGCUCUCAAGGCAUGGGGCGAAGGCGAGGGAGAAGAAUUAAGUGAUGUGCUCUCCAAAUUGUCCUUGCUCUUCGACCAUUACAUGGGCGCACAGGAGCGCCUGAAUUCUCAUCUAUCUACACUGCGUCUGCACUUCAAAUCAGUACGUAGUCGUGAAGAGGGCCUGGCGAGUCUCAAGUCGAAAAAGCGAGCUCUAGCCUCCAAGAUUGAGAGUGUGGAGAAGAAGCUGUCGAAGAUGGGUCCGGAGAACAAGGAAUUGGCCAAGACAACGGCUGCCCUCAAGGAAUACCGAGGCGAAAUGCAGUCUCUCACGACUGAGGUGGUGACAGAGGACCUCGCCAUUGGCGACUUCAAGAGGAGGACAGCAAGGGAAGCGAUGGGCAUCAAGUGCGGUGGUCUGCUCGAAUUCGCUGAGAAAGUGACGAUUGUGGCCGAGAUCGGCAAGAUGAUGAUCGAGGAGAUUCCCCUGGACACUACGGCGCCAGGCGUAACUAGGAAGCACUAUACUGGCCACGCAAGAACGGACCAACUGCUUGCUGAAGCCAACCGCUGCAUUUCCGAUGUUGGUUUUGCGCCCUCGGGGCAGUCUGCAGGCCGUCCUCGCCCAAAUCUUAGCCACCUCGACAGUGGAUAUCCUACAGCUGGAGAGCAAGACGCACGCAAUGCUCACGAUGCGUACGGGCAGUAUGACCAGGACGGUACACAGAGGAGUGCAGAGGAUGCCUACACAGGUGGAGGGGGUACCUACAGUGCCGCUGCCGACUAUUCUGGUACGCCAAUCUAUGCGUCGCACCAGACAAGUCAGCCGUGGGCGCAGGAGCAGGAUAAUCUAUCUUUCCGCUCUGCGCAAGAAGUUAACAACAACUCUGCUACAGGACACCCUGCUCAGCCGGAAGCGCUCCGCGACCAUAACCUCGAUGACCGGACUCGGUCUGACGAGGCAGCAACGGGAGUGCCUCAAUCUACAGCCAGACAGAGUGGAGACAACUUUUCGAUCUCAAGCGCCGUUGCUCGUCUUGCAGCACAGAGCAACGAGGAGGAUCAAGACGAGUCUCUGGGUGGGCAGAGUCAACGAAGUGCUGCUGUAGGAGAGGGUGCUCAGCAACCCAUUUCGAGACCGACAUCUCCUCCCGCACAACCACUGGCUCCUCAACACAGUUCUUCCGCCGCUGCCUAUACCAGCGCCGCCCCCAGCUUACCGCCCCUGCGAGUCGCCUCGCCCAUUGUGGGUGAGCCAGCAACACCGGGCGGGGAAGUCGAAGAGGAUCCGUACUUUGCUGCAGUCGGCUCAACGAGGGCGAUCCAAGCAGCUGCCCGUCGGCCUACAUCGCCAGGAGUACCCACUGCCUCAGGAAACCGAUACGGUAGUGGCUCUGUGUCCAGCUUCGCAGCGUUUGCUCCUGGAUCUGAGCAUGCUCCAACCGCGCCGUCCGCCCGCUAUGAGCCAGCCGAAUCUGGUCGCAAGAUGACUGCAGCCGCCUUCCGCAAAGGCUUCAAUCGAGUUCCUUCCACCAGCCAAACUGCUACACUUCCUUCUACACCGUCAUCUGAAUUCCCCAAAGCGGUGCCUCCUCGACAUGAGACUGCCUCACCAGCUGUGGAGCCCUUGUCUAUCAGGAAGAGAUAUUCAGCGGUGCAGGACGCCGACGUAGAUGAUCACGAGAUCGUACCUCCGUACGUGGCAGGGCAGUCUGCCCCGCAUAGUCACGAGUACGACGAAUCUGCGCAGUCGCAGCGUGAGCAGCCCUCGGCACAGUUCAGCGGCUAUCCAGAGCCCAAUUACCACCACCAGCCUCAUCUCGAAGACUCGCGAUAUGCCCAGCGAGACCAAUAUCAGUCAGCCUAUGGCGGUGUGGAAGACAAUGACGAGUACAACGAGGGCGGCCAGCAGCCUCCUUAUUCGUAUCCUCACCAGCAACAGCAACAGCCACAGCAACGCGGAAACGGAAACGCGUACUCUGUGCCCAGAUACCCCUCCUAG